AUGGCUGGAUCGUACGAAAAACGUAAGCCUUUCAAAGGCAAGAAGUUUCACAAAGAUCUUCGAGAGUUCAAGUCGCAAGAGAUCAAGCGGUCGUUGGUACACCGAGCAAGAUUGAGAAAAAACUACUUCAAGCUCAUUGAGGAUGAGAAAGAGUCUGAGAUUCCUGGCCAGGAAAAGGUCCAACAAGACGAGCAAGUGGAGAGCAACGACGAAAACAGCGAUGGUGGUGACGAUGAGGCUCCUAAAGGCAGAUCCCGAACCGCUCUACCCCCACAAAGAGCCCCUCCACCUCCGCCAAAGAGAAAGCCUCUCAACUUUACAGAGAGAGCCAAACUUGCUAAACAAAGAAAAGAGCAGCAGAGAGAAGAGAAGCUCCAGAAGGUCCAGGAGAGACGUCAAAUGUUGGAGAAGAGGAACAAGCAGAGAGAAAUUCAGAAGGAACGGUUGUCGCAGAGAACAAAGUCCGGACAGCCAGUGAUGGGCCCCAAGAUCUCCAACUUGUUGGAUAAGAUUAGACAGAACAAUUAG